AUGAGUUUGAGCUUCUCUUCUGUUGGUUCGCACAUAUCGAGCGUUUUAAAUGUAAACUCUGCAUUGGUUUCUUUAGCCAUACUAACUGCAUUGAUAAAUCCUUGUUUGGUAGCAGAUGUGCGUAAAAAUAUACCCACAACGAAUGAUUUACUGAUGGUAUUUGUCUUAUGUCGACAUGGCGAUAGGUCUCCCGUUCAUACUUUUCCAACAGAUCCAUAUCGAAAGCUAUGGAAAAUGGGAUAUGGUCAGCUAACAGCUUAUGGUGCAGAACAACAUCAAGAACUUGGUCGAAUUAUCCGUAAAAUGUAUUCUGGUUUCGUUCCUGAAGUUUAUCAUAAGGAUGAAACAUUGUUUCGUAGUUCUGGGACUGAAAGGACACUGAUGUCUGCAAACAACUUUAUACGAGGAUUUUAUCACUUGGGAAAGAAGAGCACGAAUAACGUUCCUCCUGUGUUUUCUAGACUAGCACACGAAGAUCACCUGCUAAAAAUGUCCAGCAAGUGCCCUAAAUUUAAAAGGCUUUUUCACCAUCUGAUGAACUCAUCAGUGGUAUCUCAGAAAGCAAACACAUUGAGAAACUUCUUCGACCUCCUGGAGCAUACUACUGGGUACACUUUCCCUAUUGACAGAAGUUCUUCAGAUAAUUUUUACACAGCCUGGCGUAUAUGUGAUCCGGUUACGAUAUGGGUGGAUCAUUCAUUGCCUUCACUUCCUCGUUGGGUCACCAGUGAUGUUUAUAAACAAUGCUCUAACUUAUUGGACUAUAAACAUUUCAUUCGAUUUUCUAAACCACAGUUGACAAGAUUACGAGGUGGUCCGCUGGCUGGUCAUAUUAUGGAUUUAUUUCGUGAGCGUAUUAACCAAGAGCUAAAGAAUAGUGAUCAUGACAUGGAUUCACCAGAACAACUACAUCGACGUUUCGUUGCUUAUUUUGCACAUGAUUCUACACUGGCGGCUCUAAUGAGCCAUUUAGGUGUAUAUAAUGGAAUCAAACCACCAUUGGCAAGUUGUUUGAUAGUAGAACUUCAUCGUUCAUUAUCAUCAUCUAAUAAUUUUUAUCUUCGAUUUUAUUAUCUAAAUGAAACAAAACUACCUUUAAAAACGGAUAAAAUAGUUAAUCUAUGGCCAACUAAAUGUGAAACUCAUAAUCAUAUUGAUGGUAAACAAUUAAAUUAUUCAUGCCCAUUUCAUAAACUUGAAUUAUCACUUCAAGGGACUUAUGCAACCGAUAUUGGAGCUGAAUGUUAUGAUAAUGAUGCAAUAAAUAAUGUUAAAACAACAUAUACGAAACCAUCAGGCAUAAAAAUGCUUGAAUCUUAUUGUUAUCAUCCACAAUUAUUAACUUUCAUUUUUAUUCAAACAGCUAUAGUAUGCUAUUUUGUUGCCCGUUUCUUACCUAUUCCAAUCGCUUAUCUCAUAAAUAAUUUUAGAUAUUCACGUCAUGUACGAUAA